AUGGCUGCCCCGGAACCCAACCCCGAAAAGAAGGUCAAGUUGGAGCCCCAGAUCAAGUCUGUCGACAUGAGCGAGGAUAUGCAACAAGAAGCUAUUGAAGUUGCACAAGAUGCAAUGGAAAAGUUCAGUGUCGAAAAGGACAUUGCGCAACAUAUCAAGCGAGAGUUCGAUUCGAAAAAGGGUGCCACAUGGCACUGCAUCGUGGGAAGGAACUUUGGCAGCUUCGUUACGCAUGAGACGAAGCACUUCAUCUACUUCUACCUCGGCCACGUCGCUAUACUCCUGUUCAAGACGCAGUAA